CUCUCUCCGUCUCCCUUCUCCCUCUUGGGUCUGUCUCUUCGUGUCGCAAGUCCUGCUUCCAGGGCUUGCUCUGGACAGGGAGGAGAAAAGGGCCGUUUCUGUGACGAAGGAAACGAAGGCUGGAGGUGGGGAGGAGGUGGGGAGGAAUCGGACGGCAGGAAACGACAAGAGGAGCAAAACGUUGACCCUAAAGCCAAAGACCAAAGGGGGCGGGCAGAGUCUGAAACGUGGCGGGCGGCCACGGAAUGACCUCGGCUGCACCAACAUGGGGGGCAUUUGCCAGCCCAGCAGAUAUGUUUGCCAAGGACACUACGUCGAAAACAAUUGUGCCGGGGCAAAGACACGUCAGUGCUGCAUGCCAGGUUCGGGAGCGUGGAGUGUCCUGUGCGCAGGACACCACAACAACAGAGUGAGGGCGUGUGACGUGUUCGGCUGUGGGGCCUUCAACUCAAACAGAGGCGACGGCCGCCACGAGGCUGUGGACGUGGUGUGCGAGGACUACGGCAUCGUCAACGCUCCGUUCUCGGGCACGCUGGGGGGGCUGGCGGGCCGGGCCGGGCCCGACGGGAUGCACUACGACGGGGUCAAACUCCUCAACUCUGAGCACUGUGUGAAGCUUUUCAACAUACGUCCAUACCGGUACGUGGGACCAGUGAGCCAGGGGGAGGCCCUGGGCUACCUGCUCCCUCUGCAGGAGCGCUUCUCUGGCAUCACCUCUCACAUGGAGCUGCAGCUGUGUGACCUGUCCGACCCCUCGCCCUUCAUUUGACCUCUCCCCUUUCACCUUCACUGUCACCUCUUACCUUACAGGUGUUCCCGGACUUUUAUAUCUGUGAACCCUCUCCUUUGUAUGGCCCUUGACCUUUCAGUCUGACCUCUUAGCUUUGGUCUAACACCUCGCUUUUCAACUCCAGAGCUUCUGAGCAAAGCUUCUCAGAAACUGAAAUAGCUGCAAUUUCCCCUUUUUGUCAGUAGAGGGCAAUACCAAUUAAGCAUUUGAAAAUGAUGUGUAUUGCAUAUAAUAUACCACAAGAUGGUGCUACUGUACUUAUCAACUAUUACAAUGUAUAUCUCACAAUAACAUACAUUGUGCUAUGUGACCACCUUCUUUUAAAAUAAAGUUUUAUUAUAAAGUG